GAUGUUUUAUUAGCUCAGGAACAAGAGGAACUGGUAGAUCACCGAUUCACCUGUGUUUGGUCUGCUUUUGACCCUCCGAUACUUGCAAAUCCGAACUCCCGAUUCCAGGAUCUUCACUGGGUCUCCGCCAUUUCUCAUCCAAAACGACCAGUUUUAGUCCAAUCUUUGAAUUAAGAAGCUCGGCUAAGAACUAAUUUCAUGGCUGAUCUUCAUGUUGUACACACAGAGGACCCUCCCGCCCAGACGCCACUCCUUAACUCAAACAAAAACCACACACGCCAAGAGCCACAACAAGAAGAAGGCCAAAACGAAGAGACCCAUUUGGAGCAGAGCCUCGAGAAGUUGGAAAAGUUUCUCACUUUCCUCGGGUUCAACCAGUCGUCGUUGUGGAGCUCCGCUCUGUCUUGGGUUGCUUUCUUGCUCAUAGGUGUCGCGCUCCCAGUUGUAGUGCUCGAGCUCUCCGACUGUUCGGAUUGCGAGGAGUACCAGAUAAAGAGUUUCGAGAUGGAAAUCGUGGCCUCGCAGGCGUGCCUCGCCGCUGUCUCUUUGCUCUGCCUUUCCCACAAUCGUCGCAAGUACGGGAUCCGGAGGUUCCUAUUUGUUGACCGGUUCAAUGGCCAAAUGGCACGGUUUCGUGACGAUUACGAUAAGCAGAUUUGGGGUUCUUUACGCUUGCUCAUUUAUUGGGCACUACCAUGUGUCAUUCUGAAGACUGCACGUGAAGUCAUCCGCAAUAUAUAUGCACAUCAUGAAUCAUGGUGGCAAUCAGUUGCUAUUGUAUCAGCUUUGAUUAUAUCCUGGACUUAUGUGAGUAUGAUCUCUCUAUCAGCCAGCGUUCUGUUUCACUUGGUCUGCAAUCUGCAAGUUAUCCACUUUGAUGAUUAUGGGAAGCUCUUGGAAAGAGAAUCUAAUGUCUUGCUUUUUAUGGAGGAGCACACUCGUUUGCGGUAUCAUCUCUCCAAGAUAAGCCACAGAUUCCGAAUUUAUCUGCUUCUAGAGUUCUUUGUUGUCACAGCAAGCCAAUUUGUGACCCUGCUGCAGAUCACGGCAUACAAUGGAGCAAUCACUUUAAUAAAUGGCGGCGAUUUUGCAGUGUCCACAAUUGUUCAGGUUGUUGGGAUUAUUCUUUGCUUGCAUGCAGCAACAAGAAUUUCCCAUAGAGCUCAAGGCAUUGUAUCUCUUGCAAGUAGAUGGCAUGCUUUUCUAGCCUGCAGUUCAACAGAUUCAUCGUACAACAGAGUUUCCAAUAAUGUGGGGGACUUGGAGGCUGCGAUUCAUUUAAAUUCCAUAGAAAUAAAUUACUCUGAAAGUGAUUUGGAGUCAUUGGAUUAUGGUCCGAUUCCUACAAAUGCUCAACUGGCUUCCUAUAUGUCCUCGUAUCACAAGAGACAAGCCUUUGUAACAUACUUGCAGACCAAUCAUGGAGGGAUCACGAUUUUUGGAUGGACGGUUGAUAGAGGUCUUAUCAACACCAUAUUUUUUAUUGAACUCACAUUGGUUACUUUUUUGCUCGGAAAGACCUUGGUUUUCACUUCAAAUUGACAAUCUUCCUCGACGCCAUGGCUUCUCCACAUCAGCAACGAGAAAUUGAACGUGGUUAUUUCACAUAGAAAGUUCAAUUAGAAAGUCCCAACUUCCAGCCUCUGUUGCAACCUGUUAACAUUCAUCACAAAGUGGUUGAUGCAAUUAAGGUAACCUGUUCUUUAUCACGACAUCGUUUCAUAUACCAAUGGAGCCAGACAAUCGGUCUUCUCACCUGUUAAGUUGCAAGCAAGAACAUAUACAACUCGGUACAUCGCAUAAGCUACUUUUGCUCCUAAUUCUAGAACUACACGAACAGACUCAAUUUUAAGUGAACCUAAAUACAUUUUGAUCAUGUAUUAUACUUUGAAAUAUACUUCACGUUUUAAUUUUUGCCAAGCA